AUGGCGGAAUCCGAGUUGCCCACCCGUCCCAAGCCCGAGGAGACCCCCGCAGCUGCCCCCGCCGCGGAGGGCGAGACCAAGAACGCUGCGAAGAACGCUGCUAAGAAGGCCGCGAAGGAGAAGGCAAAGGCUGACAAGGCUGCCGCACGCGCUGCACAGGAGCAGGCCCAGGCCGCCGCAAAAGAAGCCAAUGACACCGCUAAACACCUGUACGGUCCUCUUCCCGAAGCCGAGGACGUCACCCCCUCCACACGAUUCAGCCAGCUCUCGGAAGAUUCUUAUGAGAAGGAGAUCACCGUUGUCGCGCGUGUCGAUAAUGCUCGUGUCCAGAGUGCCAAGCUGGCGUUCCUGAUGCUGCGUCAACAGGGCCAAAAGGUGCAGGCCGUCAUUGCUCUCAAUGAGCCCAUCUCGCGCCAGAUGAUCAAAUACACCGGUGGACUGAACGUCAACUCCAUCGUCCGCAUCACUGGUCUUGUCAAGAAGCCCGAGAUUCCUAUCUCAUCUGCGACUAUCCAGAACCUCGAGCUUCACAUUCGCAAGGUGUACAUGAUCUCCGAGGCUGCUCAGAUGCUUCCCAUGCAGGUCAAGGAUGCAGAGCGUCCCCCUCCCACCGAGGAGAAGGAGAAUGAGGUUGAUGAGUCCGGUGCCCCUAUAGUCACUCUCAAGACUCGUCUCGACAACCGUGUUUUGGAUCUGCAGACCGAGACCAGCCAGGCCAUUACAUGGAUCUCCAGCGGUGUCAGCGAGCUUUUCGCUGAGUACAUGAUCAAGAGCGGCUCUCGUUGGAUCUUCACCCCCAAGCUGGUCAACUCCGCCACUGAAGGUGGUAGCAACGUCUUCGAAGUCAAGUACUUCAAGCGCAAUGGCUACUUGGCCCAGAGCCCUCAGCUGUACAAGCAGAUGUGUAUCGCCGGUGACAUGGAGAACGUCUUCGAGAUCGCUCCCGUGUUCCGUGCCGAGGACAGCAACACUCACCGUCACUUGACUGAGUUCUCCGGUCUCGAUUUCGAAAAGACAUUCGACCACCACUACCACGAGGUUCUUGGAUUUGCUGAGGACCUGCUUGUCUUCAUCCUUACCCAGCUUAAGGAGCGCUACUCCGCCCAGAUCGCCACAAUUCAGAAGUCCUACCCCAAGGCCGGUGACUUCAAGCUCCCCAAGAAUGGCAAGGCCCUGCGUCUGAACUACAUGGAUGGUGUUGCGCUGCUGAAGGAGGCUGGCGUUGACAUGUCCGAGCAAGAGCGCUUCGAGAACGACUUCAGCACUGCUAUGGAGAAGCAGCUUGGCCAGAUCAUCCGCGACAAGUACGACACUGACUUCUAUGUCCUGGAUAAGUUCCCCAUGGCUGUGCGUCCAUUCUACACCAAAGCCGAUCCCAAGGAUGCCCGCUUCUCCAACUCAUAUGACUUCUUCAUGCGUGGUGAGGAGAUCAUGUCCGGUGCCCAGCGUAUUCACAACAUUGAUGAGCUCGAGGCUUCCAUGCGCUCCAAGGGUCUCGACCCUACUCAGGAGGGCUUCGAGGAUUACCUCAAUGCUUUCCGUCAAGGAUGUCCUCCUCACGCUGGUGGUGGUCUGGGUCUGAACCGUAUUGUGAUGUUCUUCCUGGGUCUGCCUAAUGUACGACUUGCGUCCCUGUUCCCUCGUGACCCUCAGCGUCUGCGACCAUAG